CGGAAUGGAGAUGAGUGCAUUCUUCACAUAAUCGAAAUAAUUUUCAGAUGUUGUUCUUAUGUUGGUCGGCGAGGCGAUGGCCCGCAAGCAAUUUCAAUCGGAAAGAACUGCGAUAAAUUCGGCAUUGUAGUUCACGAAUUAGGCCACGUUAUCGGUUUCUGGCAUGAACACACCCGAUUGGACCGAGACGAUCACGUCGAAAUUUUCUAUAAAAGUAUCCAACAGUCGCAGGAUUAUAACUUUGAUAAAUUGAAAACUGAUGAAAUUGAUUCACUGGGUGAACCGUAUGAUUAUGCAUCGAUAAUGCACUACGCAAGAGACACGUUCUCACGUGCCAUUUACCUCGAUACGAUACUCCCAAAAGUUAUCAUGAAUGGGCGACGACCUGAAAUCGGACAACGAAUUCAGCUCUCACCUGGUGAUAUUGCUCAAACCAAAAAAUUGUACAAAUGUCCUGCAUGUGGUGAAACAUUAAUGAGAGAAUACGGUGAGCUGCGAUUGGAUGGAUAUGGAGAAUGUGAAUGGCGCAUAAUAGCAUCGAUGGGCGAAAUAAUUGUUUUGAACAUAUCGACAGCUCACUGGGAACGUUCGCUGGAUGAGUGCGUGAUUGAACAAGACAACUUCGUUAUCAUUCGAGACGGGUAUUAUAACGGAUCACCGAUUUUGGGUUUGUCUCUUAAAUGUUUCAUCCAAUUCAGUGACGUUUUCUCAACGGCUCCGAAGUUCAUGUGGGACUCUUUCAUCAAAUGUCCACUGCAUUUUGCUAAGUUUCAUGAAUGUGUCUUUCUGUUGCAAUUUCCGUCGAAAGAUAGUUUGUGCAAGUAG